UCGGGAAGCCCACUACUGAGGAGGGCGCAAGUGUACACUGCACCGUGGCUAGGAGGCGCCGCGGGGAUGGGAGGCGCCGGGGGGGACGAAGCACGACGCUGGCGGGAAAGGUCAGCGUAGUGGCGGUUGAGGGCAGCAAUGUAAGGGCACUGUGAGGAGUUAUGACCGUCCUGCCGGCAGCACAAACACCCACGCCGACCCAAAAUGGCCGCCCACUCCUCAACGGAAAGGACACCGCGAGGAGGGACAAAGCCCUGAGGGAGAUCCUACUGAGGGACCUCGGGGGGCGACGUGCUAGCAUGACCGGAGCGGCUGCGUGUCCGGGAGACGGCGGAGAGGAUGAGCUCGAGGCGCUCGGCCAUAGGCAGAGUAGAGUCCUCCAGGUGGUAGUGGACGACCUCGCCGAGGUCGUGGUCGUCGCUAUGGUCACCCUCAAGCGGCAGCGGGGCAACGGCGUCCUGCUCACCAUACUCGAGCACGCUGAAGCGGCGCGAGAAGUGGCGGCCCUGCUGCAGAGAACUGCGGGGGCAACCGCGGAAAGGAGAGCGGCGCUGGGAAGUGUCGUGAGAGGAAGAGGGGGCGUAGCCAUUACGCUGAGGCUGGGAGGAGGAAGCGGGGUGAAGACGGGCCCGCAUCCGCUGAAGGGUCCCGACGGCCUCAUAGGCCUGCGGGGCCGAUGUGAACUCCGCAACCAGUCGAAGAAUGCAGAGGCGAAAGAUAAAGUAGAAAGGAUGGUAUCGGAAGUGCAGAAGGAAGUCAACAACCUGAAGCUACUAAAGUAUGAUCUGGCGGUUGUGAAGGGCGCGUUGCAGAAGAUCAAUGAACCGAUUCGUACCUGCACUCUGAUCGUGUCGUCUUCGGUUCAUCCGAACGGAUAUGUGGGGACAAUGGCUGGACUACCAACUUCAGUACAUGGUAGCCACAGCAUUCGGAGCCGAAGCAUGCCAAGCAAAAGCGCACCGAACAAAAGCAGAUUGGGACGCGUAAUCCCUCCACACCCCAAGAGAGGACGAACGAAGAUUAAUCGCAACGUGUCGGCAACGAAGUCGAAGGCAAAACGGAGCAUUAAUUUCGGGGUCGAACCGAUGACGGACAUGCAGCUCCUUCGUCUUCACYACACGGACCWGAAGGUCUUAUGCAAGAUGCAUGACAUCAGGUACAAGGACAAGCCGCAAGCGAUCUCGGCAUUGAGGCAAGUUCCUGGAUUGAUCGCCUACAAGGGGCGGRACUUCAACCGGGAUUCUGAUCUUGAAACACAGAUCAUGCCAGAUCCAUAUAACAUCAGAGUGUCCAAUACAAUUGGCGGCGACACAAGUGAGGAUGAUUACGAGAACCUUAGUACAAGAUCAAGCGGGAGUGAUGAGUAUGACUCAUCCGACACACGACACAUCUUCGGGCGCCGAAGAUCUAUCGGGAAGGUAGAAGACACCUCAGCAUCAGGCGACCUCACCACGACACAGAAGUGGGAGCAGAUACACGGGCUAUCAACGAAAAUUGAGCAACUAGUUAGUACAGGGAGUUUCACCUUGGUGUAGACAUAUGUACGUGGGAGGACAGGAAGACAGCCCGACAAGAGAUGGACUGAACACAUAAACUUGUCCAAGAAUCCAAAUAGAGGAGCACAACGGAAACUAUGCAGUUGGUUGCACUUCAGUACAUGGUAGCCGCAGCAUUCCGAGCCGAAGCAUGCCAAGCAGAAGUGCACCGAACAAAAGCAGAUUGGGACG